ACUCUAAAUGACGUGAAACGGGCCUCUUGGAGUCCAAACAAACUCUCGUGUGUCACAAUGUCGGGCAACUGUAAGUGCAUAACCUGACGGAUCGGAUCGCAAAACUUAUCCUCGAGCCCCCCAUCAUGUCGUCUCCGAUGGAUCAUCGCUGCCUUCAGGUCGACACCCAGGCGAGCGAUGUAGAGCAGUGGACGACGAUCGCGAACACAUACGUUCAACCUACCCUGUCCGUCUUCGGGAUAAUAGGCAACCUUUUCAUGCUCCUGACCAUACACUACGGACAUCUCAACGACUCACCGUAUGUGUACUUGAAAUGUAUAGCGCUGGGCGAUCUGAUCCUCCUCGUGGUCAUCAUGGGCCUCUCGGUGGCCCGUUGUGCAAUCUGUCAGUUCAGUCUCGAAACCGCCUAUUACCUAAAACUCUACGAUCGGUACGUUUACCUCGUGGUGUCCAAUCUCAUGAUAGGAUGGCUCGUCCUUCUGACGCUCUUCAUGACAAUGGAAAGAUUUGUCUACGUCCGCUGGCCAAUGAAAACCCAGAGCCUCUGCACGCGUGAACGCGCGAAGAAGGUUUGCAUCGUUCUAUUCUUCGUGGCAUGUAGCUCUCAGCUCAUGCGAGUAUGGCAGGUCAGAGUCGCGAUCGCCAACAAGGACUUUCCGAAAAAAGGAACAAGGAUCGGAAUCGUGACCGACUUCCAGUGCAUGCCGAUGACCGAUGAGGUCGUCUCCAGCAACCGAUUCUCUUGCUUCAAUGAGGAAUUCCCGCUCAGCUCUCAGAGCAAUCUACCGGACGAACGAUGUGCCUCCGACGCUGGAGAAGCAGGAUUCGAUUUCCGACGUGUCCCAAGACUGAACCAGAGUUCAUAUUCGCUGGAUUGCCUGCACCGGCAUUGCCGAUUACCGCAAGUGCCACGGAACCUAACCUUCAAGACUGAUGGAAAGUUGGCGAGCAAUUGGGCCAUGCUCGGAGCGACGCACAUGAAGGCUACGAUCAUGGUUCUGACAAAUGAGAGCGCCAAACUAGCACCUGAUGAUCUCAUCGGACGAGCAGUUCAUGUCAACGAUACCUGUUACUUCGUCGUGGCUCCAACAAGCUUGAACUUGACCCCCGAGGCGAUCAGCGGCCUCUUCCUGGAGCCUUUCAUGGAACGCGUUCGAUGCGUCGAAGCCACGACGAUAACUAGUUCGGGUUGGCAGAAUCGAGUUCGCAGCAUCUAUUUGGAGAUCUGGGACCGUAUCUACAUACUUUGUACGGUCGUUCUCACAAUUUUCAACAUACUCAUAGUUUUUGUGGUCCAUAGAGCGAAUCGCAGAGCUCACGACCGAGUUCUCUCGCAUAACCAGCAGAAUACAGCGAACAAGCGCCGAGCUGAAGAGAAUCGCUUGACCAUGUCCUUGCUGGCGCUCUCGUGCGUGAAGAUAUUCUCUGAAAUAAUGUAUAUCACAAGCGACCCCGAGUUCGCUUUCCUUUUCUAUCAGGACGUCGAUCCUCCAGGCUUUCGUCUGAAGGUCCAUGUCAUUCUAUCGAACGUCGCUGUGAUCUUUGAAUACUCGUCAUACUUCUAUUUAUUGGCUUUCAUCAAUCGCAAAUUCAAGAGGGAAUUCCUACAACAAGUCGUAUACGGCAAGCUACUGAGACAGAAAUUCUUCGGGAAUGUUCUCAACAAUUUCUCCUCGAGAUCAGCCUCGAUGAACAGCGCGAAAUUGAGGAACUCGACUUCCCAGCAGGAUUCCGUGAGGAUGAAACCAAAAACCGUCGACGGGAAGGAGAACAAGGCUCACAGCAAAGAGUCGGAAGAAGAAUUCGGCGAUCGUGUUCUCUGA